UCGUCUCCUUCAGUUGCGGCUCGGAGGAAGAGAAGCCAAUCGAGGUUGACCCGACCGGCAGCCGAGGACCGAAGUGCCCAGCACCACCCCCUCCGCCCUCCGCCCUUCCGCCGCGAACCCGCCGCUGUGUCGGCCCCCUCCCCAGCAAGAUGGCCGAGAUUGAGAUAAAAACAGCACCUGCUGACUUCCGCUUCCCUACAACAAACCAAACAAGGCAUUGUUUUACUCGCUACGUCGAGUACCACAGGUGUGUGAACGCCAAAGGGGACGAUGCUGGUGAUUGUGAAAAAUUUGCCAAGUAUUACAGGUCCCUUUGCCCUGGAGAAUGGGUUGAGAAAUGGAACGAGCAGAGGGAGAGUGGGACGUUUCCAGGACCUCUCUGAAUCUACUGCCCGAGGCCUCCCCUUGGACCAGUCAACAAGUUGGCCAGUCCUACUGUUCCAUUCUGCAUUCCUACUUUCAGAAUCGUCAAUGCCUUUUGUCCCUUGCUCUUCAACCAGUCACCGCAAAACUGUUAGUGAUGCUCUCUUUUUGCAGUUCUAAUAAUUGGCUACAGUUGCCUCACAUGCAGCCUUGUUUUGUGUGUGGACCUCAUUUUAUUCACGUAUAAACGUCUGUGAAUGAACUUGCAUUUCUUUCGUGCC